GGAGCACCACGACGACAGCACCGACGGGUUUUGUUCCGGCAAUGCAUGGCGCCGGUCGACGAGCUGCCCGAUGGAUCGUUCAGCUCUUGCUGUUGCAGCUCGUGUGCUGCCAGGGCUGAUUGGUGAGGAUGUGGUUUUAUGAUGUGUUAACAUAUAAGAAGUCAAUACACAUAGAGGUGUACCAAAUCGCUUCACAUAGAGGUUGUGGGCAUGUGUACCUGAAUGGCGGGGCAGCUUGCAGCUUGCUCAGAUACUGAAUAGCGACCCUUGCCCCAAAUCACAGAUCAGUGAAUCCUUGAAUAGGGUCCGACCUAUGAGAGUUCAGAAUCUAUAGAACUAUAUCGCUAUAAUAUAGGCUAUGGCUAUAUCUCUAUAACAAUUCUAUUACUGUAGUUGGAUUUCUUUAAAGGUUUCCUCCACGCUUUGAAAUUUCCAAGACCUCUUCUCUGCUCGUCAUUUCCAGGUCCCUUUGGAACUUCUCCCUGCCCUUGCCAGGUCGAACAGGUGGGCAGGAACCACCGCUCCCGGAGCACGGGAACCAGUUUGUGAUCGACUUGGCCAAUGAGCUUUGGUUUGCGGCCGAUGACAUGCUGACAGCUGGGGCCUUCAUGGGCGAUGAGGGCUGGGCUGGCCGUGGCGAAAGCCCAGCGACCCUGGGAGCCGUGGGGAUCAACAUGAGGAACGCCGCUGAAGCCUUGUUGUUCGCAGAUUGGUGGACGGUGUCCGGUGAGCUGGAAGUCGCAGGUGCCUCAGGUGAGUUCUACUUUGAUGAAGAGGAUUUCCUGGCUAUCACUGGCGUGUUGCCUGAAGAAGACUUUGAGACUUGGAAUGGGGAGGAGGCCGCCGAAGCCGACGGCAGCAGCGCCGCGCGCGCCGCACUUCAGCGGAUGAGCGAGUCCAUGACGGGCUUGGCGGAACGAGUGGGGGCGAAGUCGGUGGCCGGACAGGCCCUUAUCCGCACCGCCGAGAAUUGGCGGCGGGCCGUGCGCUUGCUACAGGGCCUGGAGGCAGAUGAAAAGGCUGAGUGAAGGACAAGCUUGCGCAUGAUUGUACUGUUUCCUGCUCCUAGAGCUCGUGAGAAAGGAAACUGACCAUAUGUUAUCAUAGAUCUAGACGUUACAGAGGGGCAAAGAUACUCUCUGCUUGUUUUUGUUGGUCUCCGAUUCAAGCGAAAAAAA